AAAUAAAAAAAAUCAAAUUUCUUAUUUAUGGUAUAAUUUAUUUGUAGUUUGAUACAGAUAGUGGAUUAUUUCAUUUUCCAGUGAGUUUCGGUAUCCUUUGCUUACUUAGACCAUUGUGGAUAUCUGUAUUUUGAAAACUAUCUGAAUUCAUGGUGAGAAUGCUCGCCUCCAGACUGUUCACUCGCGUUUUUACGCGAACUGCCCGUGGAAAGAAGAACUUCUCUACGAGCAAGAGUCGACGGAGUGGUGAUCACCAUGAUGAAGGUGGCAACCCUGGCGAGAACCUUCCGUUCGACAUAACCAACCGAUACAAGUUUACGCUGAUCUACACAGCGUUCUUUGCCAGCGGAUUUGGUCUUCCGUUCCUUGUGGUUCGUCAUCAGCUGAUGAAGAAAAAUGCACCACAAUAAAGGAGUGGAAAUUGUGUGAGAGACUGGAUAUUGUCGUUUUGUCGUGGUGUGCAUAUUCAGUUGUGUAGAUAUAGAGUCGCGGCUAAUAAUACUGAUGGUGAAUUGUAUUUGCUUGCGCCGAGGACUGCAUUUAUCCUAAAGUGAAGAUUCGACACGCUGGUUUUCAUGUUUUGGUGAGAAAUACAGUAGCUGCAUUCUGUUCCGCGUUCUGGAAUAAAUCAGUGCGAACUCGGUUUCCACAUCCGGUACCUUAUGCAAGCAUCCUCGCCUAUCUGCUAUCGCAUUAUUGGGAGCAAUAAAAGACCAGAUCAAUAUCGGA